ACAAAUUAUUGUGCUGAUUGAAACCUUGAAAUUUUUUCGCAACAAUAGAAACACAGCAGCAGCAGCAGAGCCGAAUUGUUUCAUAAGCAAUGUAUUUAUAUCCUCACGAAACAUCAAACGCCCUUUGAUUGAAAAAAAGUUAUUAGAUUGCCAAAUGUCCUAAACGAACGACUUCAUUGGUUAAUUACCAUCACGGUGUAAUAAUAAAACUACAUAACUGAACGUCAAAGGCUGUCGUAUUUUUCUCCCCUUCUCGGAACUGUUGAUUAAACAAAUGGGCCAUUGUUUGUAAUAAAUACCAAUACGGACACCAAACCCAGCAUUCUCUUCAACGAAACGAGAUGGAAACGGAUAUUUUUCCAACGAUGCUGGCUGAUUCUGAGGAUAACGAGAAAAUAAGAAGGAUGCAAUGUAGUUAAUACACACGGAAAAAAGUCGCUCAGAUCAUUAAUGCACUGACAUUUCUUCACCUUUCGAGUUGUUGGCAUGUUUUUUUCUCUCUCUCUCCGUUAUAUUUCUUCAGAAUAGGAGUUUCAGGUUGUUGCAUAAUUCGGUUUGUUUGUGUGGAGAAAGCAACUUUUCCCCGAACAUUUCGUGUGCCUCCUCUCUGCCAUCAUUAGAUGGGACAAUGAUACUUUAAUUAAAAUUUCUACAACCGGUAGCGAGAGGGGAAGAGUGGUGAGAGAUGUGAGAAUUAAAAAGAAGCAUCUGUCCUUAAAUGAAAUGCAUAUUAAGUGAGUGAGUGAGUAUAGAAAUAAUAAUAGCAAAACGAGUAAUAAGCUGCAUCACCAUCAUCAUCACGUUCAUUAAAAUGACAUAAAUGCCCAUCCUUCGUUUCAUUUGGUGCUUCUUCUCCUCCUCGACGAAGAAAUCUUGUGCUGUUCCUCUGUUCGGACUUUUGAAUUAAAAAACGGGAGAGAAAAAGUGUUAGCUGAGGGGGUGGGUAGUAGGUGGGUGGUUGUAGUAGCUAAGGCUAAGAGCGAGAGAUGGGUGGUCGUCUUCGUCGCGAGGAGGACGAGGAGACAGGAAAAAAAUACUUCCUUCUUCAUUUCCUUCGUAUUUCCCCCACGCGGUCUAUCUCUUUUAAUUAACAGCACUAAGAGAGAGAGAGAGAAUGGGGACCAAGAUUGAAAAAAUCAUCCAUGAAAUAUCAACUUUCUUCAUACAUUUAUUAAUAUCCAGCUCACUCUCAGACACGACUUUUACUACUCCUCGUCCUGGCUCAUGAGACUGUUACCUCCUCGAUGUGCGUACGUAUACUUGGUGGCUUUUUGGCUGGAAUUGAGUCACGUACUUGGCUAUGUAUGCAUGUACCCUCGCGUAAUCAACGGAGCUAGAGGGUGGCAGAAGCAUGGCUUUCUUUUCAGAUAUUCAUCCCGAGAAAGUAUAUACAUUUCUUUUAAAUGGGUUCGUUUUUAAUUGCAUGAACCAUUUUUUCAUUAGAACGGAGACACGUACAGCUAGAUGUAUAAAUCUGUAUGUGCAUGGGUACAGAUUUAGUUGGGCGUCCAAUUUUGCCUCCCAUGUCGGUGUCAUAUUCAUUCAAACAACAUCUUCAAAAACCUGACCCGUUCUAAUUUCUAUUAUUGUCCAUGUAACAAGUAGUAGUAGGAGCAGAAAUGUGGUACCGAGGUCACAAGAAGAAGAGGGCUUGUCAAGGAAGCUGGUCUGAAGUGAAGCCACGACGUCAAGAGGAAAGGUUUGAUCUUCCUCGAUGUGACUGACUGAGUGGGUGAGUGAGUAGGUAAACAUGUGAAUGUGAAGAAAUCCCGAGAGUUGAGUUUCAAGAUUGAGAUCUCUUGUUGUUGUAGCCUCCUCGUAAUCGUAAUGAUGUUUGUAGUGUGGUUCUUGUUCUUCUGGUGGCCCAUAAGUGUCUCACUACACAACAAUGUAUGUAUGUACAUAUGAGGGCUUUCUCCCCCUGUGUAUGUGUAGCAGCUAGCACUUGUAUUGAGGAAGCCUCACUCAAGUCACAUUGAUCCCUCUGGUGCACUCUGGCUCGUAUAGUUGUUAAGUGUAAUUGACUCUUAAAUGCUGAGCUGAUAAAGUUCCCUUUGCAGAAUUUCUCACCAAAUGAGAGAUCCGUACGCUUUGAUAAUCUCUUAUUACAUUGAGUUAAAAACCCGUCAACAAACAAUCCCAUUCCCACCGACUUGGGUUUAAGCAGGCGAGAUAAUAAUGCUCGGUAAACUUGUCGUGUAUGUAUGUAGGAGGAGGAGGAGGGCAUGGAAUGUUUCUCGGCUAAUCUAAAGUGUUUACAAUUCUCACCACUGAUUUCCACCUCCUCGUCUCAUCUCCUCUUCUUCUGGGAUGUGUGCACAGAGGAAAGUACUUAUUUGAACUGCCACUAAGGGAACUACUACUCAUCUUAAGACUAAAGUGUAUCUGGCUGUUGAAACACUUCUUAUUGUUGCUCAGAUCACGAUAUGCCCACUUAAUGUGAAUCCCUGCAAGCUUAUAGUUUGCUUAUCUGGGAUAAACUUGUGUCAAUGGAUUUGUUCUGGGCUGAGCUGUAAAUGUGUCGCUGUAUGGACAUGGUAUUCAUUAAACUGCAUAUAUUAGUCUUGCAUAUCCGCCCAUCAUCAAUACAAAAGUCAAGAACCGAAACCAAAAUCAGCUACAAAUGAAUGUUACUUGUUGGGUGGAAGGAUGUGUGGAUUGGAUGUCUCGACAGUAUUGCUAUUAGAACAAUGCAAGCCUUUUAUAAAGCACGGAUUCAGAUAACAUGACACAUCAUCAACUCUUGUCAUUCAGGGCAAGAAAACAAAAAUAUGACACUCUUCAACGUCAAAUUCCUUGCGGAGGGUCAUGGACAAGUGGAGAACAAAUAGAUUCUGUAUGCACAUUAUGAUGCCCGAGGAGUGAAUAAUAUUUAAGUGGAUGGAAAAAAAAUCUAUUUGAGAUUAAUGGCUUCAGCCAAAAGACAUUAUUCUCCAGAACUUGGAGCCUACACAUUUAUUAUUUUUAUUAUUUCUUUAUUAUUGAGUUUUUUCCACGUACAUUAUUUAUUAUUAUUCUCAAUCCCAUUGUGUAGACUCUGUCAUUCCAAGUUUUAUUGCUUAUUAUGCACAAUUGCGACGAAAUAAUAACAACGCCACGACUCGAAUCAAUUAUCGUUGCCUAAUGUUCACUUUAUUAAUGUGGCAUGUCUAUUAAACGCAUUAAUUACCAGGGGCGACGUGCAUGUGUGUAGUUGAUUCAUACAUUCAUUGCCAAACUGUGUUGUUUGUGGGUUGUCUCGACCGUCCUGACGGAGAUUAACGGAGGAGAGGGAUGGAUAAUUAGAAUGUGGGAAAGAAGAGAGUGAGACGACGAUUCAUCGCCAGUCAGUGGUGGCAGUGUCCCCGAUAAUGCUGAUGAUAAUGCUUAGCCACCACCACACGAGCAGUAGUGAAAGAAAGACGGACCCUCCUAAACUAAAUGUUGCUCAUCGGUUGUUUGUUUGCUAGUUAACAGCGACUGUGUCCCCUUAGUGCUUAAGGACGACAAACAAGGGAAAACGGGAAACAAAAACAGUUUGGUUUGGCUGUGGGUAUCAUCAGUUAGUGAGUGCCAAGUGGCUGUUGAGAUGGAAGGAGGCAACGCAAGCGCUGGUGGACAAAUACGGAAUUCGACGGGGUUUUAUUGUCGAUUCAGAAUUGUAGAUUGUAGCAUUUAGUAACACGUUCCUGGUUUGGUGGUGCCGGUUUGCUCUCAGCUCUCACUUGCCCUCUGGAUCCGAUCCGGGUCGUUCUUUCUCCGCUCGCACAGAAACUGAUCCAACUAACCAACAGCCCCCUUUUACACGCCACGUUCAUGUGCCUCACCUCCUCAUUAGUUGGUCGCUCUCAAAUUUCACUAAUUAAUUCCAUUGACUUGGACAAGAAGAGUCGAAGAAGAGGACGGAAAGUGGACGGACAGUAGAAAAUCAGCACAACAAUAAAUUGCAUAUUCCUGCAAAAACAUAUUAUAUCACCAAAUCAACAAGCAAACAAACAAACCGAUCCAGUUUUCAAAAGUUGUGGUUUUCUCUACUUUUCAAGACCAUUAACAAAUUCUCUCCAAAGUAAGUCUCAGCCAACCUACACGCCGUAUUUACUACAUCAAACCGAACGAGCACAUUUUGGUGUGAGGAAGUUGAGACUGCCCUUGCUUUGUCGUUGGUGAGAGUGUGCCCACCACCAACCACCCACACUUUUACGAACUGCUCGAUCCAGCAAAAAGGACAAAAUUGUGUUGGGCUGCUCAAUUUUUCUGCCCGAGUCUAGUUGAUUGAAUUGUGUGAUACCCAUCACCAGCUAAACUGAGUGGAAUGAGACAAGCUUUGAGAAAACUCAGGAAUCACUAAGAAAGAAAGGAAAUUCCCGACGUAAAAAGAAAUAGUGAACGCAUCGCGUGGUGAACAGACGCAUCCUCUCGUCUCAUUUAUCCAUCCGCCGCUUCUACUCUACAGCAGGAACACCUGUCUCAGAAUCAUCAUCAGAGUCGUGAACAACAUAUUGCUUCUUCAUGCAAGUGGAAAUCAUGAACCUCAAGACGGAGGCAACCAACAGCCUGGAAAUGUCGUCCAAAGAAUGUGCCGGCUGCGGGAAGAAGAUCACCGAAAGGUACCUACUAAAAGCACUGGACAUGUUUUGGCAUGAAGACUGUCUCAAAUGUGGUUGCUGUGAUUGCCGACUUGGAGAAGUGGGUUCAACCCUGUAUACAAAAGCCAACCUAAUUUUGUGCAAACGAGAUUAUCUCCGGCUCUUUGGGACCACUGGAUAUUGUGCAGCGUGUUCCAAAGUCAUCCCUGCAUUCGAGAUGGUCAUGAGGGCCAGGAACAAUGUCUACCAUUUGGAAUGUUUCGCUUGCCAACAGUGCAAUCACAGAUUUUGUGUGGGUGAUCGCUUCUACCUUUGUGACAAUCGAAUCCUGUGCGAGUACGACUACGAGGAGAGAAUGGUGUUUGCUAACAUGAACACAAAUGUGGGCCCAAGCUCAAUCCCCAGUCUCAAACAGCAGCAGCAACAACAGCAGCAGCAACAACAACAACAACAGCAACAGCGUCCUCAGACCAUCUCAAACCAGCCAAAUAACUCUGUAGACUCCCGAAUGCAACUGAACGGUGGGUUACCCCGAGGUCACCCCGGCGCAAUGAGAGGUAACGGCUCAGUCUCAUCCACGGAAUAGUAGUCGGCUCCACUUUCUAAGGCCCCGCAGUUCCUCGCAAAACUUUUAAUUUCAUCAAGAACACUUCGCCAAAAUACAUAAUUCUUAAACUCUUCACUCUCAAAUACUAAUUUUUGCCCUGAAAAAUAUUCGUCGUUGAAAGUGCAUCGUGUAUUGUGUGACAAUUCUUAACCAUUGGUAAAAUCACUCCAAUUUUCAAAGGUACUUAAUCAAAAAGAGAUAAGUAUUACUUAUCUGAGCCACUAUGACUAAGAAGUGACGGCUUUCUCUCUUGUCUCACUUUUUCCCCGUUUCAUGCCACCAUUUGCCAACCAAUGAGAUAGCACAUGCAACGACGAUGUAUUCCUUUCUCAACAGUAUGACUCGUAGUGUGUCAAUGUGCCCCAUUUCAACGUUUCACGAUUAAUCAUACCAAUCUAAUGUUAUCAUACUCUACGAAUGUUAAAUGUGUACAUACAUACUCGAAUUUAAACUAAUCGUAAUUCUAUUUGUAUCAUGUAUGUAAUGAUGAUCGCCAUUAUUAAAAUUUAGCGUUUUCGAAAGUACGGAGUGUGCAUAUUUACAACACAAUUUUCACGUACUGACCACACUUUUAGUAAAAUUUCCAACAACUGAAACACUCCAAAAUUGCAUCAUCACCCGUACUUUCACGACUGCGAAAACAUUGCAACAGAAAAAAAUGUAACGGUGCUUUUGUUUCUACUGCAAUACAUAAGAUAACUUAAAAUAUAAUCAUGACGACGACAAUUAUUCGUAACCCGGGUUAUCCGAGAUGAUGAAUUUGUUAUGUAAACAAUGCUACAAAAAUGUUGAAUGGUUAUCACUAUUAUCAUUCUAAUUAUUAUAUUAAUUAACGUUGUAAUCCUUGAAAAAAAUUAUUAUUGUCGAUAAUAAAACUGUCUGUGAAACUGAAAAAAA